GUUUCAUUACUUUGUCGUUACCAUAAAGUUAUUAGGUCGUAUUUUUGUUUGUACAGUUCAAAUUAUCUCUUGCUCUCCGUUUCCCUUUUUUCUUCAUGUCUCUCUCUCCCUCUCUCUCCUUUACUCCUUCCUCUAUACUCCCAACUCACUGGCCCCAUGUUAGUACUCUCAUUUUCUCUGUAUACAUUCUUCCCAUCUUUUUGUCGCUAUCUCAAUUAGUUUUCAUUGCAUGGGUUUAUUCUUCUUAAUGGUGAUAUUUACAUUGGACCAAAGUGUUACAGAUGUGUGAACCCUACCUGAAGCCGAUGGACUCAUCCAACAGCGUUCCAACCAAUCAUCGCCUCCUGAUAAAGCUCAGGCGAGGGGCAAUUAAAGCAUACGUAAACACACACGCAUGGGACAAAGCUAUUGAGAUGGGACGACUGCUCAAUGAGUCUUUAAGAUAUCACUAUGGACCAUUCAGUCCCAUUCUUGGGACUUACCUCAUGGGCAUUGGUAAUGCACUGCUUGAACUGAGGAGACUUCAGGAGGCCGAAAAAUAUCUCACAGAGGCAAAGAAUGUUUUGGAGGUAACGCAUGGCCCAAAGCAUGCACUGAUGUUAGAAGUGCAAGAGAUGUUCGUGUUACUGGAAAUACUAAAGACAUAAGGACAGAGCAACAGCGAGUGAGAUCGAAAGGAAACAACAAGAGAGACAUAAGUUUGAAAAGCCGGCAUAAAAUCAAUUCGGGAAAAAAAUUCUCAUUGUAGUUUGUUCACCUAGAAAUUUGAAAAUCAGGGCCCUGUUUCAUAUAAAACUUUUAAAACAUUUAAUGAUCAAUGUUAUGAGCUACUGAAAUCCUUGCAUUUGAUUGGCUGUGGGCAGAUUUGUCAUAGAUAUUGAGCAGUUGUUAUUGAUAUCAAGUUUGAUGAAACAUGGCCCAUUUCUAUUGAAGGAGGUGUUAUAUGGAAUUCAUUACCUAGUACUUUGCAGAAUUCAACGUCUAUUUCUUUAUUUAAACACCUCUAUAUUAAAAAAUUGCAUUUUCAUAAAUUUCAUGUUUUCAUUUUAAUGACCAGUGACGCCAUGGAUUUAUAUAUAUAUAUACAUGUGUUGUAUAUAUGUUUUACCCAUUUGAAUAACAAUUUACUUUUGUAUGUCCUAAGACUAUACGUCACCGGAAAUGUAUGUUUAGUUUCAAGUUUAGUUUAUUUCCACAAUCUGAUACAAAACAAUCAAAAGACAAACAAGAAAACACCAUGAAUGUAACAUAACAGAUAAUGGUGGGAUCAACAAUAGGUCUACAGGCCUGUCUAUGGUCAAUUCCUUAAGUAUAUACAUGCAAAUCAAAUCUAACAAAAACAUUAACUAAGUAACUAACAAUACAACAACAGCAACUACAAUAACAAAACAAAACGGAUGGGUAAAAGGAAUGGGAGAGGAAGGGAGAAGGCAAAUUAAUAUACAUUUAAAAGAUGAUUUUUAUGUGUUCGUUUAAAAACUGGAAGACUUUUGGUACAUUUUAAGGUAUUCGAAAGAUUAUUCCACAUGAUCGGCCUUGAAUAUUUAAUAGUACAUCUAGAGACAUUAUAUUCAUAAUUAGGAACAUACAACUUAUUGUUCUGUCUUAUAUUGUACAUAUAUUUUUUCUUUAUGAAACCAUUUUCUAGGAAUUUUGGCAAGGUAUUAUUGAUAUAUUGAUACAAAAACGUGCAGGUUAUAAAUUUGUGAAUAUCAUAAAUAGUUGAUAAUUUAAUUUUUUUUAAAAUAAAGGAUCUGAAUGAGAGUAAGGCUUAGACUUCGUAAUUAUUCUGAUUGCACGUUUUUGUAGAAUAUGAAUACGAUUUAAAAGAUAUUGUGCACAAUUUCCCCAUCCAGUGUUGCAAUACAUAAGGUGAGGCAAGAUCAAAGUAAAAUAUAAAUUUAAAAGGACACGUGUUGGUAUAAUUGCACUUAUUCUACUGAUUUCACCAAUUGCUCUUGGCAUUUUACAACAUAUGUCAUCGACUUAAUAUUUCCAUGUCAAAUGAUUAUCUAAUAUUACUCCUAAGAAUUUAGUUGUAUUUACAACAGGAAUAUCAAAACCAGCAAUUUUUACAUUCAUGCGAUUUAUAUCAAUACAUUUGUUUUUGGUGUGGAAUACCAUGCACGAUGUUUUAACAGUAUUUAGUUUCAAUUUGUUAGCUAAAAACCACUGGUUUAUAUUGCAUAAUUCCUUAUUUAAUAUUGCACACAUAUCCUGUAUAUUAUUUCCAGUUAUAAAAGAAUUACUAUCAUCAGCAUAAAAAACUGAAUCUAAGAUAAACUGUAAGUCAUUUAUAUACAUAAUAAAAAGCAAGGGGCCUAAAAGAGAUCCCUGAGGAACACAAUUAUUAAUAUUUUGUAUCGGGGAUGAAUACCCAUUAAUAUGUACAUACUGUUUGCGAUUGUGAAGAUAGCUCUUAAACCAAUCUAAGGCAGUACCUCUUAUACCAUAAUAUCUCAACGUGUGUAUAAGAAUGCCAUGUAAAUAUGAGUGUUGUUAAUUAAUCUUAUAUUGUUGUGGGAGUUAUUUGUGAGUUUUUAUACAUGUAUUGCUUCUUUGACUGGUAGUUUAGGUGUGUUGGUGAUUUAUGAGUGGGUUGUGCCUUGUUUCCUACGAGUGUGCUGGGCGAGAUUCUUAUUCUAAUAAAUUUCCAGUGAAUUUAAAUUUCUUUUUACUGUUUUUCAAAUCGUUGGAUAACAUCACUUUGUGAUUCUGUGUAAAUCUAGAAAUGGACAACCAUGUCGCUAGUCGCUGGUUAUUAUAUACAAUACUAUUUAAUAUCCCUAUAAUAUAUAUUUUUAAAUGUUUUGCCUUAUUUCAUUGUUAUUUUGUAUGUUACCAUGUAUAAACAGGACAAAUGUGAUAUAUAGAUUUGGCCUACAGGUUCAUCCUGUAUAAAUAUUCGUUCAUGAAUCAUAAAUAGGUUUGAGAAAUGGUAUAAUGGCUAGAGGUAUACAAUAAUUCAUUGUAGAGGUGUUGUUGUCUAGUGGAUAAGUCUUUGGACUUAGAAUUACAGGGUCCGCGGUUCGAGUCUCGCCACGACACUAAUGUCCUGUGGCAAGAUUUUAAUCUACCUUUGCCACUCUCCACCAGGUGUUAAAUGGAGUACCGGAAAGAAGGAAUUCCUUGAAUGCUGUGAGCGUCGAAAUCGUGUGCCUAGCAGAGACAGGGGAAAUAGUUGAGCGCUAUAUAAAUAUCUAAUAUUAUUAUUGUAUAAUUGUGUUGCUAGAGCAUCUUGAAUUGGAGGGAGGGGGAUGAUGCUAGUUCAGAAAUAUUUUGUCGAGAAAAUACAUAUUCAUGUAGAGUCAUGUACAUGCUUUCCUCUAACUGAAGAGAUAAUUUGUACUUCCAAAGUCUGACGUCAUUCAAAAGAAAUCGAAAUACAUUGUACAUGUAUUUGUAUGUU